GGCGCAGCAUCAGCAUCAGCAGCGGCGGCGGCGGUGGCUGAGCCCUGAGGCGACAGCGACAGCGGCUGCGGCGGAGGCGACGGGCCGCGGCCUGCAGACUACGGGCAGCCGGGGCGGGCGGGCGCGCCGGCGGACAGCGGGCCGCGCUGGCGGCGGCGGUGGCCGCGAUGAUGGAGAUCCAGAUGGACGAGGGCGGCGGCGUGGUGGUGUACCAGGACGACUACUGCUCGGGCUCGGUGAUGUCCGAGCGGGUGUCGGGCCUGGCGGGCUCCAUCUACCGCGAGUUCGAGCGCCUCAUCCACUGCUACGAUGAGGAGGUGGUCAAGGAGCUCAUGCCGCUCGUGGUCAACGUGCUCGAGAACCUGGACUCGGUGCUCAGCGAGAACCAGGAGCACGAGGUGGAGCUGGAGCUGCUGCGCGAGGACAACGAGCAGCUGCUCACCCAGUACGAGCGGGAGAAGGCGCUGCGCAAGCAGGCCGAGGAGAAAUUCAUCGAGUUUGAAGAUGCCUUGGAGCAAGAGAAGAAAGAGCUACAAAUCCAGGUGGAACAUUAUGAGUUUCAGACACGCCAGCUGGAGCUGAAGGCCAAAAACUAUGCAGAUCAGAUCUCCCGGUUGGAGGAGCGGGAGUCGGAGAUGAAGAAGGAGUACAACGCUCUGCACCAGCGCCACACGGAGAUGAUACAGACCUACGUGGAGCAUAUCGAGAGGUCCAAGAUGCAGCAAGUUGGGGGAAACAGCCAGACGGAGAGCAGCCUGCCAGGGAGGAGUCCUCGCCAGUCGUGGAGGAAAAGCAGGAAGGAGCGCCCCACCUCUCUGAACGUCUUCCCCCUGGCCGACAGCACGGUACGUGCACAGAUGGGGGGCAAGCUCGUGCCUGCGGGGGACCACUGGCACCUGAGUGACCUCGGCCAGCUGCAGUUCAGCUCCAGCUACCAGGUUUUGUCGCCGUGCUGUGGAUGUCCGAACGAUGAGAUGUCCGAGUCGGGCCAGUCCUCGGCGGCUGCCACACCCAGCACCACGGGCACCAAGUCCAACACGCCCACGUCCUCUGUGCCCUCGGCCGCGGUCACACCCCUCACCGAGGGCCUGCAGCCCCUGGCGGACUACGGCGCCGGCACCAAGAACAACAGCAAGCGGGCUCGGGAGAAGCGCAACAGCCGCAACAUGGAGGUCCAGGUCACGCAGGAGAUGCGGAACGUCAGCAUAGGCAUGGGCAGUAGUGACGAGUGGUCUGAUGUUCAAGAUAUUAUCGACUCCACCCCAGAGCUGGACAUGAGUCGGGAGCCCCGCCUGGACCGCACGGGCAACAGCCCAACCCAGGGGAUCGUGAACAAGGCUUUUGGCAUUAACACUGACUCUCUGUACCACGAGCUCUCGACUGCGGGGUCCGAGGUCAUCGGGGAUGUGGACGAAGGGGCCGACUUGCUAGGGGAGUUCUCAGUGCGCGAUGAUUUUUUUGGAAUGGGCAAGGAAGUGGGGAAUCUGCUGCUGGAGAACUCUCAGCUUCUAGAAACCAAAAACGCGCUGAACGUGGUGAAGAACGACCUCAUCGCCAAGGUGGACCAGCUUUCUGGGGAGCAGGAGGUGCUGAAGGGGGACUUGGAAGCCGCGAGGCAAGCCAAGCUCAGGCUAGAGAGCCGCAUCAAGGACCUGGAGGAGGAGCUGAGGAGAGUGAAGUCAGAGGCCAUUGUCGCCCGCCGUGAACCCAAAGAAGAGGUGGAGGAUGUAAGCAGCUAUCUCUGUACAGAAUUGGACAAGAUCCCUAUGGCACAGCGCCGCCGCUUCACGCGGGUGGAGAUGGCCCGCGUGCUCAUGGAGCGCAACCAGUACAAGGAGCGGUUGAUGGAGCUGCAGGAGGCCGUGCGGUGGACUGAGAUGAUCAGAGCAUCCCGGGAGCACCCAUCUGUCCAAGAGAAGAAGAAGUCCACCAUCUGGCAGUUCUUCAGCCGCCUCUUCAGCUCCUCCUCCAGCCCCCCUCCUGCUAAGCGGUCCUACCCCUCGGUGAACAUCCAUUACAAGUCGCCCACCACGGCCGGCUUCAGCCAGCGCCGCAGCCAUGCCAUGUGCCAGAUCUCUGCCGGCAGCCGGCCCCUGGAGUUCUUCCCUGAGGACGACUGCACGUCCUCCGCCCGGCGGGAGCAGAAGCGCGAGCAGUACCGCCAGGUGCGCGAGCACGUGCGCAACGACGACGGGCGGCUGCAGGCCUGCGGCUGGAGCCUGCCGGCCAAGUACAAGCAGCUGAGUCCCAAUGGGGGCCAGGAGGACACGCGGAUGAAGAACGUGCCUGUGCCCGUGUACUGCCGCCCUCUGGUGGAGAAGGACCCGACCAUGAAGUUGUGGUGUGCCGCGGGGGUCAACCUGAGUGGCUGGAAACCCAGUGAGGAUGACUCUGGGGAGGGAGUCAAACCCGCACCUGGCCGUGACCCUCUUACCUGCGACCGGGAAGCAGAAGGAGAUACCAAGAGCAACCACACGUCUCCCGAGAAGAAAAAGGCCAAGGAGCUGUCUGAGACGGAUGCCACCUCCAGCCGAGUGUGGGUCCUCACCAGCACCCUGACCACCAGCAAAGUGGUCAUCAUCGAUGCCAACCAGCCGGGCACCGUCGUGGACCAGUUCACCGUCUGCAACGCCCAUGUCCUGUGUAUCUCCAGCAUCCCCGCGGCCAGCGACAAUGACUAUCCUCCAGGGGAGAUCUUCCUGGACAGCGACAUGAACCCUGAGGACUCCAGUGCCGACGGUGUGCUGGCCGGCAUCACCCUGGUGGGCUGCGCCACCCGCUGCAACGUGCCUCGCAGCAACUGCUCCUCCCGAGGGGACACCCCAGUGCUGGACAAGGGCCAGGGGGAGGUAGCUGCUGUUGCCAAUGGGAAGGUCAACCCAUCUCAGUCCACGGAGGAGGCCACGGAGGCCACCGAGGUGCCAGACUCUGGGCCCAGUGAGGCAGACACAGCUGUAGUGCGGCCUGGGCCCCUCACGGAGCACGUCUUCACAGACCCGGCCCCGACCCAGCCCCCCAGUGCCCAGCCUGGCAGUGAGAAUGGGCUGGAGACCGACGCGAGUGGGGUGCAACCUGAGGCGGAGCCCAGCGGAGACCCUGCGGGGGCCAGCAGCAGUGCCGCACCCACCAUGUGGCUGGGAGCCCAGAACGGCUGGCUCUACGUGCACUCCGCCGUGGCCAACUGGAAGAAGUGUCUGCACUCCAUCAAGCUGAAGGACUCGGUUCUGAGCCUGGUGCACGUGAAAGGACGAGUACUGGUGGCUCUGGCAGAUGGGACUCUGGCCAUCUUCCACCGAGGUGAAGACGGCCAGUGGGACUUGAGCAACUAUCACCUGAUGGACCUGGGCCACCCCCACCACUCAAUCCGCUGCAUGGCUGUCGUGUACGACCGUGUGUGGUGCGGCUACAAGAACAAGGUGCACGUCAUCCAGCCCAAGACGAUGCAGAUCGAGAAGUCAUUUGAUGCCCACCCAAGGCGGGAGAGCCAGGUGCGGCAGCUGGCGUGGAUCGGCGAUGGGGUGUGGGUGUCCAUCCGCUUGGACUCCACGCUGCGGCUCUACCACGCCCACACCCACCAGCACCUGCAGGACGUGGACAUCGAGCCCUACGUCAGCAAGAUGCUGGGCACAGGCAAGCUGGGCUUCUCCUUCGUGCGCAUCACAGCCCUGCUCAUUGCGGGCAACCGCCUGUGGGUGGGCACCGGCAAUGGAGUCGUCAUCUCUAUCCCGCUGACCGAGACUGUGGUCCUGCACCGAGGCCAGCUCCUGGGGCUCCGAGCCAACAAGACAUCGCCCACGUCUGGGGAGGGGGCCCGCCCAGGGGGCGUCAUCCACGUGUAUGGCGACGACAGCAGUGACAAAUCAGCCAGCAGCUUCAUUCCCUACUGCUCCAUGGCCCAGGCCCAGCUCUGCUUCCACGGGCACCGAGACGCCGUCAAAUUCUUUGUCUCAGUGCCAGGGAACGUGUUGGCCACUCUCAACGGCAGCGUGCUCGACAGCCCGUCGGAGAGCCCCGGGCCUGCCGCUGGCUCUGAGGCCGAGGGCCAGAAGCUGAGGAACGUGCUGGUGCUGAGCGGCGGGGAGGGCUACAUCGACUUCCGCAUCGGCGAUGGAGAGGACGACGAGACGGAGGAGAGUGCAGGGGACGUGAGCCAGGUGAAGCCCAUGCUGUCGAAGGCCGAGCGCAGCCACAUCAUCGUGUGGCAGGUGUCCUACACCCCCGAGUGAGGCUGCUGCCGCCUCCCCCACCCACCGUUGCCAACGUGUACAUAUGCCCGCCCACCGCCCACCGCCGCCCCGCAGGCAGCCAGGCGCCUGUCCACCCCUCUAACCUCUCAACCCGCAGCUUUCACCUUCGGCCCAGACCUCCCCGCGAGCUGGCAGGGGGCAGCAGCGGGUCUGGCUGGGAGGGCGGCCGGGGCGCGGGGUGGCCUUCUCACCAGGGAGGGGCAGAGCCUCUCGGGACACCCUUUCCCCAGCAGCUCCUGGCCGGCACCCAGCCCAACGUAGUCCCCAGGACACUUCAAGGCCAGAGCGAGGCAGAAUCCUGGGGGUGUCGGGCUGGGGGAAGGCCCUGCAGGCAGCUCCUAGCACCACCCUGGUCCCCACUCCUGUCACUCACUCCAGGACCCCCAGGGCAGGAAGCAGGGACUUCACCCCCACCCGUCUUCCCCCUCGAGACACUUGCCUGCUGCCCAUGGGGGUAGAGGUCUGACCUUAGGGGAGCCAGCCGAGCCGCUAGCCUUCCCUGGGCUCCCGCACCCUGCUCCCUGCAACCCCGGGAACUGGCAUGAAAGCACGUCACCAGGCUCCCUGGGGCAGCUGCUCGAGAAGACAGAGACAGAUGCCCUCACCCCGCUCGAGCCCCAUGACCCUCCUUGUGGCAGGCUCGCGCUGACCUUCACUGACCCAUGUCUGUCCAGUCGUCCCCCCCACCCCACCCCACCCCACCCCACCCUCACUGUCCCUGGGCAGAAGACCCACCUUACAGGAGCAGGUCCUGGAGUUCUGCCCCUCCCAGAAGCCCCUAGGGUGGAAUUUCUCAGGCUGUCAGGGCAGGCCCAGGCCUCAGGAAGAAGGGGAGGCCUCUGGCCUCUCCUGGGGUCAGUCCUAGGAUGCAGGCUCAGCCUCAGGGUGACAGGGAAGAUGUGCUCCAUGGCCUGCCUCCUGCAAGGUCUCCAAAGGAGCCCAGCUCCCAAGACACACUACUAAGUGCCUAGGGCUAGAGGUGUGGCCUGCUCCCUUGAGGGCAGCUGGCACAGGCUGCAGUGCAGAGGCCCUAAGGGCUAAGGACAGGAGCCGCCUCCAGCCGGCUCUGGGUGUGUGUGCCCCCUGCUCAGAGGGCGCCGCCCUGGACUGCCACCGCCGCCACCUGCCCAGGCCUUACUCCUGCUCCCAGAGGCACUGAUCAGGGCAGCCCCAGGCCCUGCUGCCCACCCACCUCCUCCCACCAGAGAAGCACAGAUCUUGGGCAGCCAUCCCACAAGCCCAGCUGGACACCGCAGCAGCCACGUGCAGCUGCAGGCUUCUUCCCACCGCCCUGCCACUCUCCACUGUGACGUCCAUCAGGUCCCUUGUCUGUUCCCACAGGGCCGUGAAGUGACUUGGGGGUUAGCCAGGUGGGUGCAGCUGGGGGAAGGGGCUGGGUGAUGAUUCUCCUCAGGCUUGGGCCCUGCAAGCGAACCCACGUAUCUGCUCUGUAUGUAAUAAAUGUCUUAACAUCA